GUCCCUCCUCCUCGCCCCUCCUUUCCCUCCAUCCUUCUUUCCACCCUUCCUCCCUCCGUCUCUUCUCUCCUUCCCUUUCCCUACCUCCUCCCCCUCGAUCCUCCCUCUUGCCCCCGCCUCCUUGGCAGCGGAGGCCUCUGUGAGAUAGAGGAGCUCAGUUGGCUCCGCUCGGCCGGGCUCGGCUGAGAAAACCCGAGGGCAGGUGGCGCGCGCGGGCUUCUGGGAAGCGUAGUCCGGCGCAGUCCGCGCAGGCGCACUGUGGCCGGGCGGGCCUAGCGGGCGCGGUCAUUGUCCUGGCAGAGCGGCGAGCCGCACUGUUGGCCACCCCAGGCCUGUCUUCCUGUUCACCGUGGGCAGCAGAGGGAUGGCUGCUCAGCUGCUGACUGAUGAGGCACUGGAAUCAGUGACGUUCAGGGAUGUGACUGUGGACUUCACCCAGGAGGAGUGGCAGCAGCUGGAGCCUGCCCAGAAGGACCUGUACAGGGAUGUCAUGCUGGAGAACUACAGGAACCUGGUCUCACUGGACUGGGAGACUAGACCUGAAAUGAAAGAGUUGGAUCCAAAGAAUGACAUUUCGGAAGACAAGCCCUCCGUUGUUGGGGUGGCCACGGGGGGACCCGCGAGGAAUGGUGCCAGGGGUCCUGGCUCAGAAGGAGUGUGGGAACCAGGCAGCUGGCCAGAGAGGCUGUGGGGAGAUGCAGGUGCCGAGUGGGAGCCAUUGGGAAUUCCCCAGGGGAACAAACUCUUGGGGGGCUCAGUACCCGGAUGUCAUGAACUGAAGGCAUUUGCCAACCAAAGCUGUGUCCUGGUCCCACCACGGCUGGACGACCCCACAGAAAAGGGGGCCUGUCCACCCAUAAGGCGUGGCAAGAACUUCUCCAGCACUUCAGACCUCAGUAAGCCCCCCAUGCCCUGCGAGGUGAAGAAAACCUAUGACUGCAGCGAGUGUGGCAAGGCCUUUAGCCGAAGCUCGUCCCUGAUAAAGCACCAAAGGAUCCACACGGGAGAAAAGCCGUUUGAGUGCGACACCUGUGGGAAGCACUUCAUCGAGCGCUCGUCCCUCACCAUCCACCAGCGGGUGCACACGGGCGAGAAGCCCUAUGCCUGCGGGGACUGCGGCAAGGCCUUCAGCCAGCGCAUGAACCUGACUGUGCACCAGCGCACGCACACAGGCGAGAAGCCGUAUGUGUGCGACGUGUGUGGGAAGGCCUUCCGGAAGACCUCCUCUCUCACCCAGCACGAGCGGAUCCACACGGGGGAGAAGCCCUACGCGUGCGGGGACUGCGGCAAGGCCUUCAGCCAGAACAUGCACCUCAUCGUGCACCAGCGCACGCACACCGGGGAGAAACCGUACGUGUGCCCCGAGUGCGGGCGAGCCUUCAGCCAGAACAUGCACCUGACCGAGCACCAGCGCACGCACACCGGGGAGAAGCCGUACGCCUGCAAGGAGUGCGGAAAGGCCUUCAACAAGAGCUCCUCGCUCACCCUGCACCAGAGGAACCACACCGGCGAGAAGCCCUACGUGUGCGGCGAGUGCGGCAAGGCCUUCAGCCAGAGCUCCUACCUCAUCCAGCACCAGCGCUUCCACAUCGGCGUGAAGCCGUUCGAGUGCAGCGAGUGCGGCAAGGCCUUCAGCAAGAACUCCUCGCUCACGCAGCACCAGCGCAUCCACACCGGCGAGAAGCCCUACGAGUGCUACAUCUGCAAGAAGCACUUCACGGGGCGCUCGUCCCUCAUCGUGCACCAGAUCGUGCACACCGGGGAGAAGCCCUACGUGUGCGGCGAGUGCGGCAAGGCCUUCAGCCAGAGCGCCUACCUCAUCGAGCACCAGCGGAUCCACACCGGCGAGAAGCCGUACAGGUGCGGCCAGUGCGGGAAGUCCUUCAUCAAGAACUCCUCCCUCACGGUGCACCAGCGGAUCCACACGGGCGAGAAGCCCUACCGAUGCGGCGAGUGCGGGAAGACCUUCAGCCGGAACACGAACCUGACGCGCCACCUGCGGAUUCACACCUGAGCGCCUCCGAGCAGGGCUCUCCCUGGCGGUGCUCAGGCCGGACGCCAGAUGGCUGCGCGCUUUGUCAGCAGUGCUGUGAGAAGUUCUCCCCUGGGGUGGGGACUCGGGGUCAGGGGAGCUCAGGAAUGUGGGGUUGUGGAGGCGCUGGCUGAUCACACAUGCCCCCUCCUUACUGAGCAUCAGAAAGCAAGCCCCUCGGUGUCUGACGUAUCUGGGGACACUUCAAGGUUCACUGUAGCUGAGCCAUGGCCGCUGGUAACAGACAUCAGGGUUCCAGACUAGCCCUCUGAGUAACUGUCCUACGAGCUUGGACAGGUCACGCCUGCCUCCACAUCUCUGUUUCUUCAAUGGGAAAGUGGAGCUGGUGGAGGGGAGGGAGGAGACAUCUCCCUCUUUGUCAGAUACAUCCUGGAAUCCAGAUGCAGCUUGUCACCAUCGGCAUUUUCUCGGUGGGUUGGGAGUGUGAGGGCCUUGCUAUCCCUCCACCCACCAUUUCCCUGCAGUGCGCGCUGGCAGCCACCAAGCUAGGAAGUGGCAGGAGUUUGCCGGUUGUUUGUGAGGGGAAAAUUUUUUUUUCAGAGUUAGCAAACAACAGUAACUACUGCUUUGAAUGCCAAAGUUUCUUAGAGUGGUCUGUUACAUUUUUUAAAAAUAAAACUUUUAAUUAAGGGA